GUUUCUUUGAUCCUUUCUACCCGUGAUCAGACGAGUCGUGUAAACGCAGUCUGGUUAGGUUUCGUCUCAUGCGUGAAAAGUAAUAGGAAAGACACACGAGAUGUCGUUAUCAACGGCGCGACCACUUAUUACGGUCUACACUGAUAAGAAUGAGGCAUCGGGUGAUACAAUUUCCCUGCCAUCUGUCUUCAAGGCACCAAUUCGUCCUGAUAUUGUUAAUGUUAUCCACCAGUUGAUUUCUACAAACAGAAGACAACCGUACUGUGUUUCUAAAGAAGCCGGUCAUCAAACCUCUGCUGAGUCAUGGGGUACUGGACGUGCUGUGGCCCGUAUACCUCGUGUACGUGGCGGUGGUACCCACCGUUCUGGGCAGGGUGCUUUUGGUAACAUGUGCCGAGGCGGGCGUAUGUUUGCACCUACUAAGCCGUGGCGUCGUUGGCAUCAUCACGUCAACGUCAAUCAGAAGCGUUAUGCUCUCGUUUCUGCCAUUGCCGCCUCUGGUGUUCCUGCACUUGUCCAAUCUAAAGGACACUUGAUCCAGGAGGUUCCGGAAUUCCCGCUCGUUGUUUCUGAUAAGAUUCAAGAAUACACAAAAACUAAACAGGCUGUCAUCUUUUUGAGACGCAUCAAGGCUUGGAAUGAUAUCCAAAAGGUGUAUAAAUCUCAACGUUUUCGUGCUGGUAAAGGUAAAAUGCGUAAUCGCCGACGCAUUCAGCGGCGUGGACCUCUAAUUGUAUAUGGUCAAGAUCAGGGUAUCCGUAAAGCAUUCCGUAAUAUCCCAGGCGUUUCUCUGAUGAACAUCAACAAGAUGAAUCUGUUGAAGUUGGCACCUGGCGGUCACGUCGGACGCUUUGUAAUCUGGACGAAAUCCGCUUUUGAGCAAUUGGAUGCCCUUUAUGGAACCUGGCGUAAAGAAUCACAGCUUAAGAAAGGAUAUAACUUACCAUUUCCUAAAAUGGCCAACACGGAUCUAUCCAGACUUCUAAAGUCUGAGGAAAUUCGCAAAGUCUUGAGAGCUCCUAGAAAGAAGGUGGUGCGUAGAGUAAAGAAACUGAACCCGUUGACCAACACACGGGCUAUGCUGCGUCUCAAUCCGUAUGCUGCAGUUCUGAAACGUGCUGCCAUUCUGACUGCGCAAAAACGUCAGCGUGAAAAGGAUUUGAUUCUCGCUGAAAAACGAGGCAUAAAAUUGUCAAAGAAACCGUCGACGACGAAGACCAUCGCACUUUUGAAAAGAAGGAAAGAGCAACUGGCUAAAUACAAGACAACCGUGAAAAAGACCUCGAAAGCUAAAGUUGACAAAGAUACUACGAAAACCGCUGCGCCUACCAAGCAGCCAACUAAAAAGUAAACAACAAGCGUUGGCAACAUCAACACUGUUGUAACUCAUAAUUUUAUCAUUGUCUUCAAAUAAAAGGCGAAAAAUUAUAACUAA